ACAUCGAUUAUCGUCCACCUCUAAAACAAAUACAAAAUAAAAAACACGCGCAGUUUUUAAUAAUUUUUUACUGGACAAUUUACAUUUUUGAUGCGGAGUCGGUUUGUUUGGGCGAGCAAAAACGGUGAACGCCAGAAAAGCGACGUAAAUCGAUAAUACACCCCGAAAACCGCACACUCCACCGCUCUACACCACACACACUCGGAAAUAAUGGGUCAAACUCUGUCGGAACCGGUGACCGCCAAGGAGUCCUCCUACUGCCAGAACGCCGCCUUCCGCGUGGGCUCCAGCUGCAUGCAGGGAUGGCGCAUCAACAUGGAGGACUCGCACACCCACAUCCUCUCGCUGCCCGACGACCCCGGAGCGGCCUUCUUCGCCGUCUACGACGGCCACGGAGGCGCGACGGUGGCCCAGUACGCCGGCAAGCACUUGCACAAGUUUGUCCUCAAGCGACCGGAGUACAACGACAAUAUCGAGCAGGCCCUGCAGCAGGGCUUUCUGGACAUAGACUACUAUAUGCUGAACAAUGAGUCAUGGGGCGACCAGAUGGCCGGCUCCACAGCCGUGGUGGUCCUGGUCAAAGACAACAAGCUUUAUUGCGCGAACGCGGGAGACUCGCGGGCCAUUGCCUGUGUGAACGGGCAGCUGGAGAUCCUGUCGCUGGACCACAAGCCCAACAACGAGGCGGAGUCCAAACGGAUCAUUGACGGCGGCGGCUGGGUGGAGUUCAACCGCGUCAACGGCAACCUGGCACUCUCCCGGGCACUCGGCGACUUUGUCUUUAAGCGGGCAAACAAAAGACCGGAAGACCAGAUCGUCACAGCCUACCCGGACGUGGAGACGCGUAAGAUCAUGGAGGACUGGGAAUUCAUCGUGUUGGCCUGCGACGGCAUUUGGGAUGUGAUGAGCAACGCGGAAGUGCUCGAGUUCUGCCGCACGCGCAUCGGCAUGGGCAUGUACCCGGAGGAGAUCUGCGAGGAGCUGAUGAACCACUGCCUGGCGCCCGAUUGCCAAAUGGGCGGUCUCGGCGGCGACAACAUGACCGUGGUGCUGGUAUGCCUGCUCCACGACCGUCCCUACAGCGACCUAAUAGCACGCUGCCGGAACAGCAACCAGGUGGCCAGCGAGAAUGACCUCUCAGGCAAGGUAGCGAAGGGCGAAACGGCAGCAGCCACCGAGGCGGAAACGGAAGCGGAGAGCGACACGGAGACGGAAACUCAGUCCAAACCCUGCCAGAAGCAGUCCAAUACCAAUACCAAUCAAAACCCCAAUCCCGGUCCCACGGACGACGAGAAGAAGCUGGAGAAGGAGUCACAGGACGCGCUGCUGGCAGCGGCCGAGAUGCAGCUGAACUAUAUCUACUAGUGCGCCUUACGAUUAAUUAGGGUUACUCCAAUACCGCUUAGGUCAACUCUUUAUACUUAACAACGCAAGUGUUCUUGGUUAAGUUUUAUACACCACACAGUCCUUACCAAAAUGUUUGCUCCGAUAGUAACACUUGUUUUAAUUGUAUCCCCCAAGAUGCGUGUAUAUACAUAUAUGCCUUGUCUAACUAUGUAACCUUAUGAUUUACUAUGUUUUGUGAUGCCCGAGCAAAAUGGAUAAAAAACUGUAUUACUCGUUUAGUAUUUAUGUACCCGAAGCAUACUUGUCAAAGUUGUUUGGGUUUGAUCUUUAAGAAUGAGUGCAGUGUUUCAAAAUUAAAAAUAAAGAAAACGUUUUGUAGUGCCCAAGAAA